CAGCACUCAGCAAUGGCUCCUUGUUUCACAGAGGAAAUGAGUCGAUGUAGUUCCAGGUUUGUGCUGACGCGUCCCUCUUCCUCUCAUUCACCGACGUGUCAGUCCUCUCCAGUCCGCUCUGAGUAGUUUCCAUACCGGCCUCUCUGCCAGAAAAAUGCCCCCGAAAGGCAGCAACAAGCAGCAGUCCGAAGAGGACCUUCUCUUGCAGGACUUCAGCAGAAAUCUGUCGGCAAAGUCAACGGCUUUGUUUUACGGGAAUGCCCUCAUCGUUUCAGCCAUUCCUAUCUGGUUGUUCUGGAGGAUCUGGCACAUGGACCUCGUCCAGUCUGCGGUGCUGUACGCCGUCAUGACCCUGGUCAGCACAUACCUGGUCGCGUUCGCCUACAAGAACGUCAAGUUUGUACUCAAACACAAAGUGGCUCAGAAACGAGAGGACGCCGUUUCCAAAGAGGUAACCAGGAAGCUGUCUGAAGCAGACAACCGCAAGAUGUCACGCAAAGAGAAGGAUGAAAGGAUCCUGUGGAAGAAGAAUGAGGUGGCCGACUAUGAAGCCACCACCUUCUCCAUCUUUUACAACAACACCCUCUUCCUGGUGCUCGUCAUCGUCGCUUCCUUCUUCUUGCUCAAGAACUUCAACCCCACUGUCAACUACAUUCUGUCCAUCAGUGCCUCUUCAGGACUCAUUGCUCUUUUGUCCACCGGCUCCAAGUAAACCAAGAAGAGUUUUCACCUGAAUAGAAUUGUGGAAUAUUCAGAGCAUUUUUAUUUUUUGAGGAUUAAGGAAAAGACACAGGAUCUAAUUUUUUACAGGUUAGGCAUGUGGUGUUGAUGUGGAUGCAGAGUUCACUUUCAUGAAAUCGUUUUUGUAACAAAUAAAGCAACCAGCUAUA